AUGUCCUUCACAGGACACGCGGCGGCCAAAUGGCCUGGAACUACUAUGGACCCAGCCCAGGAACAUGUGUGGGACGCCUUUACAAACCUUCACUCUGAGCAGUCUACACCUCCAGGAGCUGUGAAUCCAGAAGGCUUUCUACCAAGCUUCAUCAAGCCUCUCCCAGUAAUAAUGAACCAAGAUACUAUCGAGUGUCUCCACAUAAAUGGCACAUUUGCGCUACCAAAUGUUCCACUCCAGGAUGCUCUCCUACAGGCAUUUGCAGAGUGUGUUCUUCCUUCCAUGCCAAUCGUUGAGUGGCAGCCUCUCGUCCAAGCCCUCCAUGGAGCACAUGGAAGCCAUGGCUCGAUAAGCCUACUUCUAUAUCAUGCCAUUAUGGUCUCGGCGGCAACUUUCGUUGAUAUACGCUAUAUUCUUGACGCCGGGUACACGACCAGACAGGAAGCUCAAGAAUCAUUCUUCCAAAAGGCUAGGCUCCUCUAUCAAGCCAAUACCGAGACAGAUCCCUUGACUAUUAUCCAAGCAUUCUUAUUAAUGACAUACCGACUCAACACAACAGACGGAGAUGACAGCCGCAGUCUGAUCGGAAUUGCAAUUUCAACAGCACUAUCCAUCGGCCUUUUCCACGACAUUUCACAAACCAUAAACCACCCAUAUCGACCAACUCUCUGGAGAAGAAUCGCCUGGUCCUGCCACAUACUGGACUGCCAAAUAGCCCUCCGGCUCCGCCGCCGACCAAUUAUCCAACGCGCCGACUUCUGUCACCAAAUGGUCUUAGAAACCGACUUUGACCAUCUCCAAAAUCUCGCCACACAAAGCCCAGGAAUACCCCCGGACACAACCCUCUCCCGAAAUUUCUCUGCACAAAGGGAACUAGCUCUCAUCUUCAUCGCGAACGCUAGACUAUCAGUCUGCAUCCGGAACGUGCUCGACAUUCAAUGUAAAGAAAGCCAACUCCGCUCUUCAGUCUCACCAACAACACCAACAUCAUCCACAAGCGACGACUCAGACUACAGCAACAGCAUCUACAUCUCCGAGCGAAUGCUAUCAGAGUGGGCCAACGCGCUCCCAAAAUCCUGCCAGACGAAUCCUUCCGAGCCGCAAGCCAUCGACGAAGAACCCGCCCUGACUGUGCAGCGCAGUCUCCUCCACAUAACCUUCUAUACAACCAUCGCAGUCUUCCACCAAUCACGACUGUUCCCGUCCUCAAAUUUCUGCGUCCAGCACGCCUCCCAACAAAUCACGAGUGUGGCCUUCGAUUUAUACCGGAGGGGCUUGCACAGUCGUUUGCCUAUUGUCGGAGUAACGGGUAUCCUGGUCGCGCUAGUAAUUCAUAUUUCUGAAAUGAAGGCCCCGCCUUCAAUACAAAAGGAUCAGGCUACACGAAAUUUCCAGCUCGGUCUUGAGAUCAUGGCGAAUCUGAGGGAUGUUUAUUCCGAGGCUAAUCGGGUUACGUCGUGGGCGCUGAAAAUUAUACAGUAA